CUCUCUCCCUGCCCUCCCAGGUCUCCCCCAGACCCCCCCAGUCUCAUCUCCAUCACCUCCAGGGCCCCCAGUGGCCUCCCCCGCUCCCUCACAGCCCGAAGAGAACAGCACAGACCAGGUGCCUGCCCCGGACACCGCCCCCAGGAAGUCCACCAAGCUUACCACCUCCUGUAGUAAGGACAUCUCAGAGGAGACCGGGGGUGCAGGAGCAGGGCCCCCCACGGCCAUAAGAUCCAUCAUGAAACACAAAGAGGAACCCACGGACCCCCCAGCCCAGAGGAGGAGCCUCCAGUUUGUGGGGGUCAACGGCGGUGGGUACGAGUCCUCCUCCGAGGACUCCACCACAGCAGAGAACUUCUCUGACAACGAGAGCACCGAGAACGAGGCGCCGGAGCCACCGGAAGAGAAGGUCCGGGGAGUGCCAGAGACCUCCCAGCUCAGGCCCUUGGAGACGGCGGGGCCCAAGGCCAGCCAGGAGCCCCCACAUGUGGCCCCGGCUGAGGGGGCGUCAGGCUCCGGCAAGAAGAAGGCAAAGGAAGUGGAGGAGGAGGAAGAGGAGGAGGAAAUCCGAAUGGAUCUCAGCCCUGACCUCAUCUCAGCCUGCAUCGCCUUGGAAAAGUACCUGGAGAAUAAUGACGCCCUCACAGAGCGGGAGCUGAAGGUGGCCUACACCACGGUGCUCCAGGAGUGGCUGCGUUUGGCCUGCCGCCGGGACGCCCACCCUGAGCUGGUGCGCCGCCACCUCAUAACCUUCCGGGCCGUGUCCGCCCGGGUGCUCAACUACGUGGUCAACAUCGCUGACGGCAACGGCAACACGGCGCUACACUACUCAGUGUCCCACGCCAACUUCCCCGUGGUGCGUCAGCUCCUGGAUAGUGGUGUCUGCUGCGUGGACAAGCAGAACCGUGCAGGCUACAGCCCCAUCAUGCUUAUAGCACUGGCCACACUGAGGUCACAAGAGGACAAUGACACGGUCCUGCAGCUUCUUCGACUGGGAGACCUCAAUGCUAAGGCCAGCCAGGCGGGGCAGACGGCGCUGAUGCUGGCGGUCAGCCACGGGCGGCUGGACGUGGUGCGGGCACUGCUGGCCUGCGGGGCGGACGUGAACGUGCAAGACGCCGAUGGCUCCACCGCGCUCAUGUGCGCCUGCGAGCACGGCCAUAAGGACAUAGCCGGGCUGCUGCUGGCCCAGCCCGCCUGCGAUGCCACGCUGGCAGACCACGAUGGCAGCACCGCGCUGACAGUGGCCCUGGACGCCGGCCAGAACGAGAUCGCCUCCAUGCUGUACUCACGCAUGAACAGCCAGUGCUCGUUUGCCCCCAUGUCCGAAGACCGGAACCCCUCUUCGUCCUCUGCUGAAGAGUAACCUUUGGAGGGGUCCAGGGGACCCAACUGGCCCCAGGACACGCCUUGGGGUGCAGGGGAGACCCCACCCCAUCUCUGGCCUCCUCCUGGGCCAUCACCCCCUUCGGCAGGCUUCUCCGCGGAGAUCCCAGCCCCCCCCAGCAGCCGACUCAGAGCCACAGCCCAGCAGCUUCAAAAAGGGGGGGCCCUCCCCCAGAAGGGGGGCCCUCUCCCCUUUCCCCCUCACCCCAGACUGGUGCCAGUGGCUACAGCGGCUGGGACUUGCGGUUUGCCCCCAAAGGACACCCAGACACAAAAGUGGCAAUUACUUGGGGUGGGAGCAGGAGGGUAGCCAGUUGGGGCCCCUCAAAACUUGGAAAAAUUCUCUGAGCUUGCUAUUUAAUCCCUGGAGUUCCCCCCCUCCCCAGCCACCCCCCAGCCCCCCCAGCUCCUCUCCCUCUCCCCCCAGCAGACAGGAAAUCCCCCAGCCCCUCCCCACUGCUCCAUGGGGCACCCCCCCUUCCUCCUCCUGGUUCCAGCCCACAUCUCUCUCCGCCCCGAGGAAGGAAAGUCAGAGACCCUGAGUCUUUGGCCAGGGCUCUGGGCACGUCCAUCCCCCCCAACCCCAAACCCCCAUAUGUCUGUGAUUAAAACUUGGCAGGGACCCCAAGAUCCCCAAUUCUUAUGGUUAGAAGCCAGGCACAAAAAAGGAAAAAAGAGCUGCUUUUUCUUUUUUUUUUUUUAUCCCCUCUUUUCUUUCUUUCUUUCUUUUUUUUUUUUUUUCAAAACAGCCUGGAAGGGAGUCUGCUGGAAUCUUUAUAGAUUUUUUUUCUCUUUCCUUCCUUCCUUCUUUGUCCUCUCCCUCUAUUCCCUCAGAGAGAAGAGAGAGAGAGAAAGAAAACAAAAAAAAGGGAAGAAAAAGACAAGAUAACAGUAACAGCCACAGUUUCCAAGCUGUGGGAAAUGUCUUGUGAUUGGGGGUGAGACUGAGGAUGGGAGUUCUGGCUGAAACGGGGUUUCGUGCCUCCCCCAUCUGAGAUGAGAUAAUAUUUUCUAGAAAAAUGUGGUGCUGGGUUGGCGGACCGGAGGGGAGGUUUGGCUGACUUUAUUUUUGACGAUAGAGAGGAGAAGACAACUCCAGCAACACCACCCUCCCCCCCAGAUCCUGAGAAUGGGGGUACACAGCCCCAGGAACAGGGGUACUGUGGAUCAAGCCUCGGACUCUCAAGCAUGAGGUCCUGAGUUCGGUAUCUCAUGUCCCCGAAGGAGACUCUGAUUGACUCUCCACCUGAUAGAUAAAUAUAGACUUUUUUUUCCUUAAAAAAGAGAGAGGGAGUCGGGGAGAAGCGCAGUAGGUUAAACACACGUGGCGCAAAGACCAAUGUAAGGAUCUUGGUUCGAGCCCUUGGCGCCCCACCUGCAGGGGAGUCGCUUCCCAGGCGGUGAAGCAGGUCUGCAGGUGUCUGUCUUUCUCUCCCCCCCUCUCCAUUUCUCUCUGUCCUAUCCAACAACGACGACAUCAGUAACUACAACAGUAAAAAUAACAAGAGCAACAAAAGGGAAUAAAUAAGUAUUUAAGAGAGAGAGAAAGAAAAGGGGGUUUAGAGUCUCAGAACUCCAGUUCCUGAGUGCCCUCCCACAGCACCCCACCUUCUGCUGGAAUGAGAUGGGUCUUAUCCAUCCAGACUGAGCCCGGAGCAGAAAGUUCAUCACAGUGUCCCUCCCCCUUCCCCAGUGGGAUCCCUGCCUCUGAACUCCCCUCCCCCAGCCUUCUCCUCACUAUAUACUCAUAAAUUUUCAUUUUCACGGUACGUCCAGAAACACAGUAUUACCCUAAAGAUGAAGUGUUCCUGUUUGUAAUCUUUGUUCAGGAAGAAAGAAAGAAAGAAAGAAAGAAAGAAAGAAAGAAAGAAAGAAAGAAAGAAAUUGAAUAAAGCUCUCUUAUGACAAAG